UACAGCCCAACCCAACAUUUUCGACCCGAAAUAUACCAUGCGAAUCGCGACCGUUUUUUGGGCGGGUUGAAGAGGAACAUCCGGCGAUGGCGCCGCCUGCGAGAACCACCGGCGCCACCGUAACUCUUCUCUCUAUACUUGCCGUCCUCUCUUACGUAAUGAUAAACAACAGUAGGUCUCGCUCAAAAUCUUCAAGCAGAAAGGCUGCCGUUAAAAAGCCCAGUACUGGACUCGUCGCCGCCAUUGGCAACACUCCUCUCAUCAGAAUCAAUAGCCUCUCCGACGCCACCGGAUGCGAAAUUCUGGGUAAAUCGGAAUUCUUAAAUCCUGGAGGUAGUGUGAAAGAUAGAGUAGCAGUCAAGAUCAUUGAAGAGGCCCUUGAAUGUGGAGCUCUUGCUCGUGGGGGAGUAGUUACAGAAGGAAGUGCUGGAAGCACUGCUAUCAGUCUUGCAACAGUUGCUCCAGCUUAUGGAUGCAGGUGCCAUGUAGUUAUCCCUGACGAUGCUGCUAUUGAGAAGUCUCAAAUUCUGGAAGCUCUUGGUGCCACUGUCGAAAGAGUUAGACCCGUUUCGAUCACACACAAAGAACACUUUGUGAAUAUUGCAAGGAGAAGGGCAUUAGAGGCGAAUGAAGUAGCAUUAAAGCACCAUGAAACUAGCAAUGAUGUAAAUCAUCAUUCAAAGUGCUCAGCCGACUCGAAGGGUGGUUUUUUUGCAGAUCAAUUUGAGAACCUAGCGAAUUAUAGAGCUCAUUAUGAGGGCACAGGACCUGAGAUUUGGGAACAAGUUGGUGGGAAAUUGGAUGCAUUUGUUGCAGCUGCUGGUACAGGUGGCACUGUAGCUGGAGUUUCACAGUUUCUAAAGGAGAAGAAGUCAUCGAUCAAGUGCUUUCUAAUCGACCCACCUGGUUCUGGUUUGUUUAAUAAGGUGACGAGAGGAGUUAUGUAUACAACAGAGGAGGCAGAGGGAAGGAGAUUGAAAAACCCUUUUGAUACAGUUACUGAAGGAAUUGGAAUCAAUAGAUUGACUGAAAACUUUAAAAUGGCUGCACUUGAUGGGGCUUUUCGAGGCUCGGAUUUGGAGGCUGUUGAAAUGUCUAGGUACUUGUUGAAGAAGGAUGGCCUGUUUGUUGGCAGUUCUUCGGCGAUGAACUGUGUUGGAGCUGUGAAAGUGGCACAACAAAUGGGCCCCGGUCACACUAUUGUUACAAUUUUAUGUGAUAGUGGGAUGAGACACCUUAGUAAGUUUUAUAACGAAAAGUAUUUGGCACGGUAUGGAUUGACACCUACAGCUUCGGGAUUGGAGUUUCUUGGUAUCGGUGCUGAUGUUAAGAGUGUGAAUGGUGGGCAUGCACCAAAUAGAUGAACUGAAGUCCGACUGAAUGUUGUUAUAAAUGAAUUUCGCAAUUGUCACAAGGUUGGUUCUUGUAUGGACCAAAGAUUCAACUCAUCACGAAUGUAUGUUCGAAAAGAUCACCAACUGGAUACAAUGACUGCUUUGGAGUUUGAAUCUCGGAUUUAAUCCAUACUGAUACAAAAAUAGACCUGGCUACGCAAAAGCAAUUUUCCAGCUCAAUUACGAGAUUGCCCUCAUAGGAAUCUUCACCGGAAAACCUCACCCUUUCGAUUCUUUUCUUGUUUGAGGAAAUGGUUAUUUAACUUAUUACUAUCAUUACACUCAUGAUAAAACUAUACAUCUUAUUAUUAUUAUAUACCUCUUUAUUUUCAAUUUUCGCAUCAUCCUUGACCCUUUCUUUUAAGGGACAAUUACAGCUGAAAACGACGGGCUUUCGAUAAAGAGUGGGAGACAGCCAUUAUCAGGAAUUGGAGCAAGUGACAAACAUUAUCAUGGAUAUGGCAAUAAAACAACAAUGGGCCAUCAUUGCUCAUGAUUAUUAUUCUCUAAUUAUCUGUACAUAUCUUUUCGAAUGGAAUGGAAUCAACAUAAAGGUAAAGUGAAACUUUGGUAUAAGUUUUUCUAUGUUAAUCAGGGGCACACAACUCUAUUAUAAUAAAGUCCCUUCCUUGUGAAUAAAUAGUGUUAUCUUCUCA